UUACCCCCCCCAAAAGCGUAAAAGCUAGGGAUAAUUAUCCAUUUAAGCAGCCCCGAGCACCUUGGAGUUAAAUACCAUGGGGUUGUCGAUUUUCCUGUUUCUAAGAGGCUGUCUUCCUAUUUUCUUGCAGAGUACAAAAGGCAGUCAAGAAAAUAGGUUGAAGUGUUGAAGACUAAAUAUUCUCCAGGUAGAAGUAAUGGUGGAAUGGUGGUGGUCUUUAGUGGGAGCUGCUGUGCCAGCUGUAGUGGCAGGUCAAGCUUUCAGGUUGAAAAAGAGGAGAGAUGAGGAGGAGAGGUUAAAGAGGGCGAAAGGCCGUGAGAAGAACUCUGAUGAUAUAUUUGUUUGUGAAAGAGUGUGUACUUCAAAAAGGAUGCUCAAGAAGGUUGGUGCAUUUUCUAAAGACCCGACACCCGAUACUUGUGUUACUGUUUGUGGUGUUUCCGAGCUUGAUGCUUGUGCUGAUGCGUGUGCUCGGACUGUUUGUGUUAAUCAGCAUCAGGUGCCUAACUGGAAUGAUAUCUGUCUUAAAAGGUGUCAAAGUGAGUGUCUUAGGAUCUCACAAUCUUCUGUAGGGUCUUCUUAACCCGUUGCUCUAACAUUUUGCUUUAUCAUUUCAAGAAUUCUGGUCUAUUGACAGUCUUCUGAAGUUCAUGAAUAUCAUUUGUGCUAUUUAUUGUGACUAUGCUUUGAGAUCUUUGAUAUUGGUAGCUUGUGAGUUGAAGACUAAGGCUUAUUAGGAAAAAUAAUACAUGUAUUAGCCUUUGUAUUAUUAAUCUCUUCUGUAGCGUCUUCUUAGCGCAUUGCUCUAACAUUUUGCUUUUAUCAUUUCAAGAAUUAUGUUCUAUUGAUAA